AUUAAUUUUAUUAAGUUUUAGAGGAAUUCUCAACAGGAAUGGAGUCUAAAAGACAUUCCUUCAGCUGUUCUACAGAAGUGCAAAGAAUAUUGUCUCAAAAGUGUGAUUCACUGCCAGUCUAUGAAAACGGGAACAAACACUUCCACAAAGACUUUUACGGCUAUUCGUUGCCCAUUGAUAACAAUAACACAAAAAGUGUGAAAUGGAUUCAAGAGUCCGAUUCUAGUGAUGAUAAGAAAGUGUCGUACACUACGAAACAGUUGUUUAUACUAAUACUGUUAGCUUACGGCAACUUCUGGGUGGCCGCCUGUGUCAGCCUCCAGGCGCCCUUCUUUCCCAAAGAGGCCGAAUCCAAAGGCGCGACUCCCACUGAAUAUGGGUUUGUGUUUGGUAUCUAUGAACUCAUGAUUGCCAUCACAUCCCCUCUCUUCGGCAAAAUGAUUGCUUCCGUAUCUCCGGUCCUGUUGUGCGAAAUCGGACUCUUUGUGUGCGGUUUUAGUACUAUUCUGUUCGGAGCCUUAGACAACCUUCCCGUCGGACUUCCUUUUAUAGCCAUGUGUUUUGUGGUUCGUAUAGUUGAGGGCAUAUCUGCCGCUGCAUUCAUGACCGCCUCGUAUGCAAUAAUGGCUAAAGAGUUCUCCGACAGCAUUGCCACCACUUUCUCACUUCUUGGGACGUCCUUUGGUAUGGGACUCAUAUUAGGGCCGACACUCGGCGGCGCUUUCUACCAAUUGGGAGGUUUUUUGGCCCCAUUUGUAAUCUUGGGCUCAUUUCUACUAUUGGGCGGUGUUUUCACAUUCAUAUUAAUGCCACGAACUGUGGAGCCAUCCGUUCAAAAGUCGGGAAACUUCUUUAGUUUCAUAGCAGACGCCGGCGUACUAUUGGAUGCCUUAGCGAUCGCCACAUCUCUCAACUUCAUUGGCUUCAAUGCGGCCACUCUUGAGCCACACCUCCGAAGAUUCGAGUAA